GCUGGACCACAGGCUCAGGAUGGAACACCUGACUGUCUUUUUUCGCCUCUUGCUCUGGGGGUGCUUCAGUGGCCUACAUCCUCCACAUAUGUGACUUAAGAGGUGCUGCUUUCCUUGCUCGCAGAGAUUUUCGAGCUGAGGAGCAGCUGGAGGGGGUCGAAGGACACUCCUCGGCUGCGGUGGCCCCCCAGCUGGGGGUGAGGAGACACUGGCAGGGACGUGUCCUGCCGCAAGCCGGGCAAGGAUGAGGCGUUUCCUGAGCAGGAAGGGUCGCUUCUCCCUUCGCCAGAGCAAGUCUGGAACCCGGAGUGCAGCCAAAGAUUUCUACCUCGGCCUUCCAGCCACCAACCAGAACUGGCCGGAGGCGUUUGGUUUCCGACUGGGCGGCACUGGCCCCAGCUACAUCCUGUCGGUGGUGGAGGGCAGCAGUGCCUUUCUGGCCGGCCUCCAGCCUGGCGACCAGGUGGUGGACAUCGAGGGCCAGGAUGUCACCAACCUCAGCACGCCGGCCCUGGUCGCUCUGGCUCAGACCCUCAAGACCGUCCCGCCCAGCAUCGGAGUGGUCUCCCGGCUAGAGCAGAUUGACAUCACACCCAGCCCCGAUGGUCGUUUCGGCUUCACGAUCGUCGGCGACAGCCCUCUGAUGGUGGAGGAGUGUGUCCCCAACGGUCCGGCUGGUCGCAGUGGCCUCAAAGCUGGGGACUAUGUCAUGGAGGUCAACGGCAUCCCAGUGAAGCACCAUGAAACGGCGGCCGCCAUGAUCAAGGCGGCUCAGGGUCGCCCCCUCCGCCUGGGCGUCCUCAGCAUGGCCCGCAGACCCAAACGGCUCAGCAGCAGCAUGAGGGUUCUGUCCCAGAGCGGGGACAGCGUCCGGGACAACCGCGCUCACAAGGCCAUGGAGUUCAACAAGAAGGUGGAGGAGGUGUUGGGGGAGGAGCCAGAUGUAAAGGAGCAUCUGUUUAAGGUGUUGAAGCAGUAUGCCGCGGAGAGGGAUGUGGAGAGUCUGGCCGAGGCGCUGCCCGACAUCUUGAUCACGGAGGAGCAUCAGCAGCUCAUAGACAGCGUCAGAAUCUUCAUCCCCAAAAAGCACCGGGAGCGUUUUGACGAGGUGGUUUCCCAGAGUCUGAUGAGCAGACUGAAGGGGCGGAGCUUCAGUGACCCCAGUCGUGCUCACCUCCGCCGCAGCCGCAGCGAGGAUCAUCCCGAACGCCUCCUGGUCUCCACGCGGGCCAGUUCUGUCCCUCGUACCCACGCAGAGGAAGGUGUGACCCCACCAGCACGAGGCAUGCGUAAGACGACCUCUCUGAUCGCUGGACACUCCAGCGGCUCCACAGUCAACUGCAGGACGGUGAGAGUUUGCAAGGGAAACAUGAGUUUUGGGUUUACUCUCAGAGGUCAUGCUCCGGUCUGGAUCGACUCUGUGGUCCCUGGAAGUCCAGCAGACAAGGCUGGUCUCAAACCAGGAGACCGCAUCCUGUUUCUUAAUGGUCUGGACAUGAGGACGUCCUCCCAUGAAAAGGUGGUCUCUAUGCUCCAGGGCAGUGGAGCAAUGCCCACCUUGGUGGUGGAGGAUGGCGCAGCUGCUUUUGCUCAGUCAGAGCCAGACCUGGCAGGUGGUGUCCCCACCGAACGUGCCCGGUCCCCGGUCAUCAGCUCUCUUCAGUGGGUGGCAGAAAUCCUUCCAGCCAGCAUCAGGGUUCAGGGCCGCACUUUUGGGCAGCAGCUGGAGCACCUGCUAACCAUCCAGGAGAGGUAUAUCAUCUGCAAAGCUCUGGAGAACUUCUUCCAACACAGGAACGUUGACACCCUGAUCGUGGAUGUGUUCCCGGUGUUGGACACUCCCGCCAAACAAGUGAUCUGGCAGUUUGUCUACCAGCUGCUGACGUAUGAAGAGCAGGAGCACUGCCAGAGCAAGAUCUCCAGAUUCCUCGGCUACAAAGCGCCGGUGCCGCCGCCUCCUCCACCUCCGCCCCCUCCACCACCUCCGCCAGAGCCGGAGGUCGCUCCAGAGCCUCACCGUCGCAGCAGCUCGAUGAGGGUGACGGGAACGACGUACAGGAGCAGUGUCCGGGGACGGAGCUCGGACGAUCUGGUCAUCGGUACACAUUUGGGAAUGGGCAUGCGUUCAGACUCUGUGCUAGAGUCUGGGAUGAGGUUGACUCCUGGAGAAAGACAAUCCGGAGAUGGAACUUCUCUUCCCGAAACUCCAAAUAACCUUACCAAUCUCUCAGCAGUCUAUGCUGAGCUAGAGAACAUGUACACGUCCAAGAGAUCCAAAUCCCUGAAGACCCGCCCACCACCUGGUCAUGAAAGUUUGCUGGAUCUGGAGCCUCACUCUCGCACAGCUUCCCCAACGAUACAGUCAAAUGCAGGAAGUCGUAAAGGUCCCCCAGCGUCUUGGCCCGAGCCUCUUCCAAGUCCCCCUCAAUCUCAGUACUAUCAGUCGGGGUUGACAAGUCAGGCAAGCGGAGAUUCCAACCCCUACAUUAGCCUGGACAGCCCCCCACAUUCAUCCCCGGAGCCCAACGACUUCCCUUCUAGUCCUCCGCUGCACCAAAACAACAAGCGUCGCUACACUUUCUCGAAGCCGCCGAGGUCUGAAGACACUGAUCGCUUCCUGGAUUCACUGAGUGAACAGCUGGGGCAAAGAGUCUCCUUGGUUGACGAUUUCUUGACCCCUGAGAACGAUUAUGAGGAGGAUGUUGUGCAGAUGGGAUUACCGGAUGAGGAAGAAGAUGAUGAUGAUAAUGAUGAAGACUUUGGGGUGGAAGAGGAAGAGAGUGGCGGACUCGUGGCUCCAGAUCUCAGCAGCCCCAGUGAUGUCCAGAGCAGUCUAGGUGAAGAGAACGCCUCCUCCCUUACCUAUUCCUCCUCCUCUGACCACAUUCCUCCGCCUCCUAUGUCUCCUCCACCUCCUCCACCCGUGCAAUUCAACGACAAGUCUCCCUCAGCACCUUCACAACCCCAGAAGCAAACAGUGAGCUACACCCCGGAACAAUCACCAAGGGCGUAUGUGCCCAUCCGCCGUAAAUCCGGCCCCCCACCACCACCUCCCCCGCGGAGUAAUCAGCCAACGAAGCGCCUGUCGCUUCAUAAAGUGCUCCCAACAAAAGAGGAACUCCAAGCCCAUGCCACAAUUCAAGAGUUGAAAGCACUGCAACAGCAACACGCCUCCCAGGAAAGACCCCUGUAUGGUGACCAAAAAGCCUACAAUGAAAGGCUCAUGUACAUGGAGCGCAAUGCCUUCGAAGAAAAGCAGCUACUUCAAGAGCAAGCGUAUCAACAGAAGCAGCAACAGGCCUAUGAGGAGCAGCUGUUUAAAGAGAGGCAAGCUUACAAGGAGCAACGGGCAUUUGAAGAGCAGAAAGCUUUUGAGGAACACUGUAUGCAGAAAGAGCAGCAAAGCUACCAAGAGAGACAAGCCUAUCAACAGCAUCAGGCUUUCAUGGAACAAAAGGCUUAUGAGCAACGACAAGCCUACAAUGAGCAGAGGGCAUUUCACGAGCUGCAGAUGUACCAAGAGCAAAAUGCUUUCGAAGAACAGCAAGCUUUUGAGGAGCAACAAAUGCAGCAGCUCUACCAAAGCCACCACUCAAUGCCCGUACAGCCCACCCAACAGAAAGCCCACUCCCCUCUACCGCUUCAACAUCUUCACCAGUCCUUACCGCCACUUCCAUCACCUGAGCCCACGCAUCACAAUAUGAACCAUCCUCUCUUUCUGAUGCAUCAAAUGCAACAGCAGGAGACUCCCCAGAGCCUUUUCCAAAGGAGACAGUCUCGGUCAGCCCCGUACCCUCAUCAUCCUUCACCCCAACCAACAAUCCCACCCAGCCAGUAUCCUGAAGGCAUCUACCAAACCCGCCAGAGUCUGAGACAAAAGCCCCACCAUUCUUCAGCAGAGAUGCUCAACCUGUUGCACCAGGUACCACUUCACCAUUCCUCCACAGAAAUGCUCCAAGAGGUCAAUCAGGCAGCUGCUGGAAUUUUACAGCAAAUGCAGCAAGGCCAUGGCCAAUACUCCUCAACAGAAAUGCUUCACCACACGCACCAGUCCAAGGCUCUUCACUCUUCAAUGGAACUUCUGCAUCAGGCUCACCAGAUGCCACAAACCCAGCCUCACCAUUCCUCAACAGAGUUCCUCCAUCAAGCUUCCCAGAUGCAGCGAGGACGAGCCCACCAUUCGUCCACCGAGAUGCUCCAUCAAGUGCAUCAGCUGCACCAACAAAAACCCCACCACUCUUCUUCAGAACUGUUGCAUCAAGCCCAACAAGAACAAGGCUCAAUCCCGACUCAGCCCAACCGAGAGAGUCACUCGCAUCAGAGCAGGAGGAGUCUGAAGGGUCUGCAUCAAAUGCAAGGAAAAAACCAAGAGCAUCCGCAAAUUCACCACCCAAAGCCCACCAAACCCUCUCCCCAGAGACCCCACUCAAUCCAACAAACACACCCAAGCACCCCACAGAUCCAUCACAUCCAGCACAUGACACCACAGCCUCCACCGCAGGACUUUAAACACCAGAUUCAUGUAAUCCACCCUCCCCAGCAGACCCAGAGACCCCAGACGCUUCUGUCCACUUUCCAGCCACUGCAACCACAUCAGCCUACUCUCUCCACAUUCCAGCCUGUUCCACAGCACCAUCAAUCUCAAAAACAGGUCCAAUCGUCUACCCAAGCUACCCGACCCCAGUCGCAACCCUCCCAUCACUUCCUGCACAGCCAGCUCCCAACCCAGUCCCACCACAAACAAUCCCACAGCCAUAGUCAGCCUCAGUCCCUUCCGCACUCUCUGUCUGACCCAACAGAGCACAGAGGCCCACCUCCUCCACCACCCCUACCACCUCCCUGCUCGCCCCCACCUUUGCCACGACCAAAGCUCUCCAGGAUGGACUCCCAUCACCUGAGUGUCAAGAAACUGCGUUGGGAGCUAGUCGAAAAUUCAGAGGGAACGAUCUGGGGACAGUUGGGAGCAAAUUCUGACUAUGAGAAGCUGCAUGACAUGGUGAAGUAUCUGGAUCUGGAGAUGCACUUUGGCACACAGAAGGCUUCCUUGACUGUUCCAGAACCUUCUCUGCAGCCUGAAUCCUUUAAGAAAAAAGACGUGAUUGAAAUUCUAUCGCAUAAAAAAGCUUAUAAUGCCUCGAUCCUCAUCGCCCACCUAAAACUGUCCCCUGGAGAGCUGCGUCAAGUGCUCAUGAGCAUGAGUUCAGAUCGACUGGAGCCUUCUCACAUCAAACAGAUGCUACUAUACGCUCCGGACACAGAGGAGGUGAAAAAGUAUGAGGAGUACCGAGAUGACCCGAGCAAACUGAGUGAGCCAGACCAGUUUGUGCUCCAGAUGUUAUCAGUACCGGAGUACAAGGUCCGUUUGGAGAGCCUGCUCUUUAAGUGCUCUCUGCAUGAGAAGACGGAGGAGCUAAGGGGAGCCUACGACUGUAUUUACAGGGCUUCUUGUGAGCUCAAGACCAGCAAGAAGCUGGCUAAGAUACUGGAGUUUGUUUUAGCGAUGGGAAACUACUUGAAUAACAGCCAACCCAAGAACAACAAGACAACUGGUUUCAAGAUCAACUUCCUCACUGAGUUGGGGACGACCAAAACUGUGGAUGGGAAGUCCACAUUUCUGCACAUCCUGGUCAAGUCCCUCUGUCACCAUUUUCCAGAAGUGCUGGACUUCUCCAAAGAUCUCACCAUGGUUCCAGUGGCAGCAAAAGUCAACCACAAGACCGUCACGUCUGAUCUGAGCGACCUCCAGUCUACCAUCCAGGAUGUCCGCUCAUCUUGCCAGAAGAUCCCAGCGACUGCUGAAGACCGAUACUCCAUAGUUAUGAGUAACUUUUUGGAAAACACUCACCCAGCGAUGCAGUCGUUGGAAUCCCUCCAGCAGCGAGCGAUAGAAGAGUUCGAGAAAACCGCAUCCUUCUUUGGAGAGGACAGUAAAGCCACCAAUCCUGAAGCCUUUUUUGGCAUCUUCGCUGAAUUUGUCAACAAGUUUGAGAGAGCUUUGAGCGAUCAGCAGGCAGCAGAAAACCCAAAGAGCCCCAGAAGUCCAAGAAUGGCCUCCCCGCUGGCCUGGUAACAUAAAUAUAAGUGUUAUUUCUGCGACGUUGCAGCAGAUGAAAGGGAGUUUUAUACUGACCUUGUUUCAAUGCAACAUUUCUUUUUCAUUAUAUAGCAACUAGAGAGUAAAACAUGUGGGAUAGAGUGAAUAAUUAAGUCCAUAUAUAAUAUAAAUCUAAUAUCUGAAGCCUUUUAAGAUUCUCUUGACAGGCGCCCACCGCACUGAAUGUAAUAAGCAAUUGAGUUUGUUGAAUUAUUAGCAUAGCAAUAGAAUAUUAUUGGAAUAUUUCUAGGAUAAGAAUCCUUUAAUAAUUGGGUUUUAAAGCGAUUAUUAGCAGUCUAAGUUAGAUCGGGGUAGUGUGCAACUUUGAGCUCACUAUUUGGCAGGUUACUUUUUAAACUAAAUAGUGAGCUGAAGUGUAAAUGAUUCACUUUAAUAAUACAUUUUAUUUAAAGGCCUUUUUUGGCGGCACUCGAGCACCGUGUACAGAUACAUGCAGUAAUGACUAAACAAAAGAACUUAUAUACUGUGUUUCCAGCUGGUUUAUAAUUACUCAUUCAUAUUGUUUCAGCAGCAUAUAAUUAGAAAAUAUAAUUUAAUGUAUUUAAUUCUGCUAUGUAUUAUGUUAGUACCUUAUUAAUAUCAUUUAAUGAUAAGCAGGCUUUGAAAGUUACAUUCAAUAUGGCGGGGUAAUUUGUGUUUUCAUGCUAGUUUCUAUCACUACUGAGGCUUUUCUCAUAUUUCACUGAGAGGAAUCAAAAACUGUUUGCGUACAGACGUUCAGUGACACAUUACCGAGCUCUCCUCUUCAUGAACAAGCACUUUAUGAAUCGGUCGACAUGUUUAAAGCUAAUAACUUGGGGAGGAGUCAUUGUGAUCUGUUUGUACCUGUCUGUAAAAUAUGAUCAAAUGUAAGAACUGUUUGAUAAAGUGGAGUGUGAAAAGGUGGCUCAUGAACCGUUCGCUGAAUAAAGUUUUCUCUAUCAGUGUGUUGUUGA